UCGAUAACGAUAGAUCGACUACUCUGUUCAUACAACACUGCAGCUGGUCAAGUACAGCUGUUCAAAGUAGAGUACAUUUUUAAACAAACAAAUUUUAUGAAAAUAAGAAAACAUGGCCUCAAACAACAUGCCUGAAGAGAAUUUCGAGGGCGGAGACUUCAACUUUGACGACGAUGCCGAUGAUGAGCAAUUGGUGGCCACAAAUUCGGGAAGGAAGCGCCUUUUUAGCAAAGAGUUGCGCUGCAUGAUGUUUGGCUUUGGCGAUGAUAAAAAUCCCUAUACGGAGACAGUGGAUUUGCUCGAAGAUCUGGUCAUAGAAUAUAUAGCAGAGACGACACAUCGUGCCAUGGAAAUUGGGCGGACAGGUCGCGUGCAAGUAGAGGAUAUUAUCUUUCUGGUGCGCAAGGAUCAACGCAAAUACGCAAGGGUCAAGGACUUGCUGACCAUGAACGAGGAGCUGAAAAAGGCGCGAAAGGCCUUCGAUGAGAUCAAAUACGUCGGUAACGAGGGAAAACUCAAAUGACACAGGCACAAGAAAACCAAGUCAGGGCAUACACGUAGCCACUCCUAAAGCUUAGUUUAGAUUUAAGAUACAUGGUCUUUAAUGCUGUAUAAUGUAAUAAAUUAAUCAAAAUAGUCUUCAAUGUCAA